UAGGCGACUAGGUGAAUCAUUAAGUAACGAGAUUAUGUCAGGUGCGCGUUAUUCAUUUAUUUAAAUUACAGCGUGUGUAUGAUUAUUUAACAAGAGUAUUAUUAGUAUAGUGCUUAUUCAUGGAAUGUCUUGGGCAAUUCAGUGAAGUUUCAACAUAAUUUUUAAUGUGGAUGUUUGUAAACAAACUAACAAAGAGGGCUAUUAAGAGUAGGUGUGCAACAAUAAUGGAGGCACGAAAAUCAACACUUUUUGAACUGUCCAAAGAGAUAAAAAGUGAAUUUCCUCAAAAUGUUAAACCUCUAGAAAAUCAAGUGGCUGGACAUUCAUUUAAAGAUGGUUGUAGUACAAUUGGUAUGCUCAAAGAUGAAGAGGGUUAUGUGUUCAAACCGAUAAACAAACCUGAACUUGGGAGAAGAGAGGUCUUGUUUUAUGAAACUGUAAUGAACUCAGAACUGGAAGUUAUCAAAGAACUCAAACAGUUUGUGCCAGAAUAUCUUGGUACUGUGGAAUUAGCGGUUAAUGGCACAAAUGCUCAGUUUCUGAAACUCAGGAAUGCUACAAGAGGAUAUCAGAAACCUUGUGUGAUGGAUGUGAAAAUAGGACGACAAACUUGGGAGCCUGGUGCACCAGUCAGCAAGCAACAAAGAGAACAAGCAAAAUAUACACAAUGUAAACAACAGUGUGGCUUUUGCAUACCUGGAUUUCAUGUUUACAACACAAAGAGUGGAACAACUGAGAAGUAUGGAAAAGAUUUUGGGAAAAACUUGUCAAAAGAAAACAUUCCUGAAGUUUUAACAAAAUUCCUCAACUCUGCAAGUGAACAAAGCAAAAGUGUGGGAGAAGAGAUGUUAGAGCAGCUGAACAGAAUUCUGAGCUGGUGGCAAUAUCAGCGAAUCUAUCACAUAUACUCCAGUUCUCUGCUCCUUACGUACGAUGCAGAGAUAUUGAGGACUCCUAGUGAUCUACCAUUGUGUUCAAGUGUGCGUGUAAUACUCAUAGACUUUGCUCAUGUCUUUCCUGCAAAUAAUACUCUUGAUUUAAAUUAUUUAAAUGGUCUAGAUAGUUUUGUACAAAUAUUUUCAUCUGUAGUAAAUAAAUUAUGACACAAUU